UUUACCUAGUUCUAUCCUUAGCAGAAUUAUUCAUGAAAAUGAUAUAAUUGGAUGUUCUUCUGGUCAUGGCCCUGUUUUCGGCAGUCAUUUCUAUAUGAAGGAUGAUAAUAAGUCAUGGGUAUAUCGUCAUAUUCCCAAACGUUAUGAAAAGCAACUCAUAGCUAAUAAGCUUUAUCUUUUAAUUGAUGAAUUUGAA